AUGGCUUCGACUAUUGACAACAACAGCAACUCGUGUUCGAUGGAUGAGGAGAUGGAAGCAGAGGCUAAGAUCCUCCGGCAAAUCCAGACCAAGCUGGCUGCGAAAAUGGAGAUCGGAAAGGUGUGCCUGCCCACCGAGGAGGAGCAGAAAGCCAUAGACUCUCGGUCAGUCUUUGUUGGAAACGUCGAAUUCGGAGCGACGGUUGAAGAGUUGGAGACACACUUCAAGGGCUGCGGAGAAAUUGUCCGGACGACGAUCCCGAAGGACAAAAUGACGAAUAGGCAGAAGAAUUUCGCCUAUAUUGAGUUCGAGUGUGCUGCCAGCGUGGAGUACGCGGCUGUGAUGAAUGGUUCGACAUUUCGUGGCCGACCGAUCGUUGUGACCGCCAAGCGGACGAACAAGCCAGGAAUGGGAGCUGCGAGAGGAAGAGGUGGACACGGAGGAUUCAGAGGAUGUGGAGGACACCAGACAGUAGUCAUCAAGUAUGUUUAUGUAAAUGGCCCUGCACCAAGAGGACAUGGAGGAUUCCGUCGAGGAAGAGGGCGAUUUAAUCCUUAUUGA